GGAUGAGAGAUUGGAGAUAGAACCAGAGGAGUUUCUCUCUGCUAAGAAGCGAGAAAUGGUUAGCUAGCUGCGUUAACCACCUGCAGUGUGUACAUGCAUGUAACCGCUCCUGGUUUAUCCUCCGAAAGUUUCCAGCAAAAAUGUGGGGUGAAAUCGAUCCAUACCCCAAACCUGCCAGUCCUGAACCCUGCAAGCCACAUAGUGGUGGAACAGAGGAUGAGGACAAGAUGGAGCAGUGUUGCAGUGAGCCUUCAACCCCCAGUGCCCAUAUUCAGGAUAAAGAUUCCAGCUCUCUGGAUGCCAUGAUAUCAUCCAUAGUGCUCAGUGGGAGUCCAGUAAAGAGCCAGCAGCUGGGAGAACCUGACCUCACUGUGGAGGAGAAAAAGCAGUUGUUAAUGGAACAGUAUAACAGCAAGCCAGUAGUUUUUCUGGAGCGUUAUCACACUCAUUUAAAACCUGAGCAUUUGGAGGCCUUCUCACACGUCAGGAGCGACUGCAGAACACAGUAUUACUGUCAUGAAGUUCAGAAACGAGCGUCAAGUUCGGCCAACAAGACGAGGGUGCGCAACCAUCGCUACGCCGCUCUCCGUUCACUUCAGAAGGAGGGCCAGUACUUCAGCGAGGAGCAGAUGCGUUUUCGAGAGCCUCUUCUGUAUGAGCAGUACAUCGGUCAGUACCUGAGUGAGGAGGAGAUCCUGCAGCGCUCUGAAGAAGCUAUGCAGAAUGGCCCCUCUGGUCUGUCUGACCUGCUCAUCGACUCCUACCAUGAGCGAGAGCUGCAGAAACGCCUGCAGGAGGAACAGGGCCGAGAGAACUGCGCGGAGCAGGAGGAAGAGGAGGACGACGAGGAGCCUACGCAGGCCGAAUGGGAACCGACGGCAGAAGAGAAAGCCUUGCUGAGGGACGAGUUUCUGAGUCAGAUGCACCAAAGAUUCUUAGAAGGCAAAGAUAAAGACUUUAACUACAGUGAAGUGGACGAGAACCCAGAUUACGACAACCUGGACAUUUUAAGUCGUGAUGCUGAAGAAAAGUACUUUGAUGAAGACGAUGAAGAGGAGGAGGAAGAAGAAGAGGAGGAGGAGGAGGAAGGGGAAAAGGAGUCUGAUGAUCAUAUGGUGUGAAAGUUUUUGGACAGUUUUGAGUAUUUAUUUUUCUACAAAGGUGAAUCAGAUGCAGAAUGCCACUUCAAAACACAUUACCGUUUCCUCUGAUAGGUGAAGCAUAUCCAGGUGAUACAUUCUGCUGCAUGUGAUUAUGGACUGCAACUGCAAGAAAAAAAUAAAAAAACACACACUGUGCAGUUGAAAUGCCCCCAUGGGUGGUGCAAAAAAGGGGGCGGGGCCAACUUCUAGGCUCAAAGCUGAAAUGUAAUGAUAUCCACUGCAUGUGAAUAUUGUGAAUCUGAUUUUCUAAAGUUUCUUUUCAAGUUGAAAUUACACUUCCAGAUCGGUCAAUUUUAACUAGCUAGCUAUUUUUUCUGACCGCACGUUUGUAAUUGUCUCUAAGACCAUGUUAUUUUUUCUAUAAUA